AGGGAUUGAGGAUGAUCUACUUCUGGAUUCGUUGACUUACUUUUUUUUACGGAGUACUAUCAUGAUGGUCAUCAUGUUUGGAAAAAUGGGAUCAAAUUUCAUCUAGUGUAAGAAGUUCAUCCUAGAUGUAGUUCAUAAUUAUUUUUUCUUGGAGAUUUCUUGGAGAUAGACAUAGAGAUUAGAAAGUUUGGAUCGAUACCGCUCUUGAAGCCUUCUUCAUCCUUGGAUGAUUGACUACUUAGUCGGCGAUAUCGGAACUAAGACUAACUAAAAACUAGUAAUCAGUCAAUAGAAGGCAUAGUGGAAGAACUUCUUGUUCUACCUCAACUUCAACGAGUAAAAAUCAGUCAAUAGAAGGCAUAGUGGAAUAACUUCUUCUACCUCAAUUAUCGUCCAACAAGGAGAAAAAAUGGCAAAGUUUGAUCCGUCGAAGAUGGGAGCUGCUAUGCAGCAGACGUUGGGUCCGCUGGUUGGUGGCUCUAUAGCCCUGGGAGGUCUCUUUUACACAGCCAACAACUGUCUCUACAACGUGGAAGCUGGUCAUCGUGCCAUCAAAUUCAACCGCUUGUCGGGAAUAGGGACUACGGUAUGAAUUUGAUCCAAUAGUUAGUGGUAGUUACGGUAAGUAUAAUCCAAUAGUUAGUUGUAGUUGUGGCAGCACAAGCACAAGAACUAGGGUUUAUGUUGACCUUUGCGUCGAUCCACUUUCUUCGUACGGCAUGUUCAAUAGUAUUGAAGAUAGUGAUGCAGUUUUUACGUAAUGGUAGACCCCAACUUGAUGUUGAUGCACCAGCACUUUUCCCUACGUUCCCAUCUCACCGCAGCACUUCGAAGAAGGGACGCAUUUUAUGAUGCCGUACUUUGAGAGGCCGAUCAUCUUCGAUAUUAGAACCAGGCCGCGAACGAUAGUCUCCCUCACAGGAAGUAGGGAUUUGCAGAUGGUUAACAUUUCAGUCCGCACUCUAGUUCGGCCAGACGAGACGAAACUCCCGAGGAUAUACACGCACUUGGGACAAAAUUACGAUGAGAAAGUACACCAAUACAAAUCCUACCUGAAUUUUCUUGUAGUUCUCCUUACAUAGUGCUUGCACGACAAAAUAAACAAAGAUGUUGAGAUGAUGAUCAUCAUAAGCUCUAGGCCGUAGUUUUGUUUUUGGCUCUUCGGCAGCCACUCAUGUCUGCCAGUUUUCCUGGUAGGCCCACACCUAACCUAACCAUAAUUGAUACUUUUACUGCAAGGGAUAGGGACUACCUCUAGAAUGGUUAUAAAAAAUCAGAACUACACUUCUAUCUACUAGACCAAUCCCAAAUGUUUGAACCUCCCAGGUCCUCCCCUCCAUUGUGAACGAAAUUCUGAAGAGUGUGGUGGCACAGUUCAACGCUAGUGAAUUAGUGCAACAGCGCGAAAUCGUUUCUGGACUCAUUCGCGAUAGUCUUACGAAGAGAGCAAAGGUAAGAGGUUUUUCUAACAACUUGUUCUAGUAAAAUGUGCUCAUGUAGUGUUGCUGACAUUAUCAACCGACCUGAUAUGGUACUUCUUCUUCUAGUUUACAACAACUUAUCUCAUCUUGCUCAAAAACCUUUAAUAGUGCCAAAAAUGCUCAACUUUUACUUUUACUAGGCCUUAAAUAAAAUGAUCACCCUUUUUUUUAACCAAAAAUGCUCAACUACCUUUACCCUUACCAAACCAAAAAGGAUUUCAAUAUUCUUCUCGAUGAUGUGUCGAUUACGCACUUGAACUUCUCACCGGAGUAUGAGAAAGCCGUAGAAUCAAAACAAGUGGCUCAGCAACAAGCAGAAAGAGCACGCUUCCGCGUCCUCAAGGCCCAAGAGGAGAAGAAAAACAUCGUCAUCAAAGCACAGGGUGAGACAGAGGCAGCGAAAAUGAUUGGUACUGUAGACGAGUACUUGAACUUGAACUAGUAGUAGUUUUCAUCUCAUUCAUGAUAAUUGUCAAUUCUAUUGUACGUGCUUAAUGCUAUCCUAUGAUCCUAUCACAUCCAUGAUAAUCCUUAUGCAUCCGGGAUUCGUGGAGUUGCGUCGUGGAGAAAAAUAAUCAAUCAAGCCUUGUACGUGCCGCGUAGUAUGGGAGCGACUCGCGCUUGUAGUAUGUGUGCGUGCUUGUAGCGACAGCGGCCCGCCCCGUGCCAGAGGCGCGUCGCUGAAUUGACGACGAAAGAUGAUCUUCUAUGACUAUGUAGUCUGAAUAAGAACCUGCUAAAGAGAAAAAUAUCAAUUUCUGAUCUAUAUGUUGAUGUUCGCUUCUUGUAUGGUUAACAACAGGAGCGACUUUUCCACUGAUGAAACAACCUCACUGAUCAUGAAACUACAAAAGGUAACGCCAUCAAGAAUAAUCCGGGAUUCGUGGAGUUGCGUCGUAUCGACGUGGCCCGUGAGGUCGCCCAAUGCCUAGCGAAAAGUCAAAACCGCUUGGUCCUGUCCGCAGACUCUCUGCUGUUAAACCUCAUGGAUAAAGACAAGGAGGUCAUCAAGGCAUAGUGCGCAUGUCUGCUCUUAAACCUCAACAUGGAUAAGGACAAAGAGGUAAUCAAGGCAUAAUUGAAACAGGAGGGCUGCAUGUUACGAGGGUGUACUGCCACGACUACGAUAUUGCAGCAGGCAUUGCGGUGCUCAUCUUGUUGAUCAUCUCUUCCAUGGAGGAGUGUUGUUCUUUUUUUUAAAGUGGUGGCUGGUGCGGGGUUCUGGCUUCUCUUGAUAUGGAAAGAGACAUUCGGAAUGGUACGACCACGAUGACUACGAAGAUGAUACCGCAUGAUAAGAAUUUUCCGAGCCAGUCUGCGGCUUUAUCUAGCAUCAUUAGAGAUGUCGACACCCACGCAUGAUAAUGAUCUUGUCCCAAGCGCGCAUUUUGAAUUUUCCACCCGUCCUGGGCCCAUACAUAGUUCGUUGUGUUGAAUAAAGUUCUUUUUUUUGUCAUAACACUGCGCUUAAGCGUUGUACCCCUCGAAACCCCUGAUCAUUUUCCCGCAAGCAUAAAAAUUAAUGUUCGUAAAAAUCUUGAGAUGAAGUGACGGUGAAGCAUUCUGACACCAGCCGUGUCAACAGCAUGUUGAUGCCUCCCCGUACACCAAAAAGACGUCACUCUUCACCUGGCAGCUUCACUUUCCAGGUUAGAGACAACAAGAGCUUUCCCGGAGGUCUGGCGACGUGUCCAAGGCAAUUGGACAGACACCUUGUGGAUCGACAUUGAUGCUGUGGUCGCCACUCCAGGGACUCAUCGACGACGUGUCUUUAUUUCAUUCGUACACGUUCAUCCG